AGUGAGCAAGAACGUAUUGAACAGUCUACUCCUCCUCCAGCAGUAAAUGAUAUGGAAAGAUUUGAGGCUCAGAGGCAGCAAAUUCAAGAAGCUCUCAAUCGACAAACAUAUCAUCAGUUUCGAGCAUAUGCUCAGCAGCAGUUUGUUGGUGACCCGAUUCAGGUCGGAACUACUUUAUUUUCAAUCUAAGUGAUU